ACCGCCAGUUGCUCCGCGACGCUCAAGUAGAGCAUCAGACGUUCAGUGCACAAAACGAAGAGACGCGGCCGCCGCUAAAAGCGAAAAGAAACGAAACGGGACGCGACGAAGACGAAGGCAAGAACGUCUAAGCCGAAGUCGAAACCGAAGCCGUAGCCGAGCUCGCAGCCGCUACGCAUACGCAGUCUUUACUUGUAGUUGUUGUUAUUGUAGUGUACUUGUGUUGUGCAGCACCAGUGCGCAGCUUAAUUAUUACCCCAGCAGCAGCAGCAGCAGCAGCCGCGGCAGAGGCAGAGGCAGCGGUAGUAGCUCGCGCUCUGUUGUUCCCGUUUCCCCCACAGUUGGCAAAGUUUACUUGUUUGUCUGCAUUUUUCCCGCACUUGCACAGACACACACACACACGCACACAGAGAAAGAGAGAUACAUAAUAUUUUUGUAGCCACGGUGUGUGCGCUUUUCCCUGGGAAAAAUAUUCUUUGUCGUUUUGCGCUUUCUUUUCGACUUUUUGUGUGUGUAUAAAUGAAACAAAAACAAAUGUAAACAAGCCGCGCUAAUACAACGACUACAAAACUAGCCCGCUUAUUACGGUGCUUGGUGCAAUCGGCGAAAAAAACAAACGGCAACAACAACAACAAAAAAAAACAAAAGAAUCAACUCGACAAAUUUCCCAAGCAACAACAACAACAACACACUACCAAAGUGAGGUGAGGUGCAAUUUCCCAAACCGAAAAAACGAAAAUGAAAAUGAAAAUGGAAAGGGGGAAAAUGCUGUUGACGUUUCUGUUCGGUUUGCUGUGCUGCUUGACCCAACGCAGCGAGGCCUGGCGGCCAUGUCCGGAGCUCAGUCCCGCAUUGCGCUUGCCAUGCAGGUGUAAUGUGGUGCCUUUUGCGGCAACUGGCCAACUUGGCGCCGUGGCCAUGGACUGUGAUCGAGUCGUGUUCCACAGCGAUGCGCCGCAGCUGCCAUAUGGGGCGCCCAUCGUGGCGUAUACGCAACGUCACAGCGGACAGCAGACGAUGCCCGCACAGACAUUUGGUCAGCUGAAACUGCCCAUUGAGGAGCUGGACAUGUCCAACAAUCUGAUACGCCGCAUUCCAGAGAAGGCGUUCGACGGGUUGAAGGACUCGCUGAACGAGCUGCGCCUGGCCAACAACCUGCUGGGGGACAAUCUCAAUCCCAUUUUCUCGACGGCUGAGCUGCACGCCCUGAAGAAUCUGCGCCUGCUCGACCUCUCGGGCAACAAGAUCAAACUGAUCGAGGAGGGUGUGCUCAAGGGCUGCAUGGACCUAAAGGAGCUCUUCGUGGACCGCAACAGCUUGACCGCGGUGCCAGUCAACUCGCUCAACGGACCCAGCGCUCUCAAGCAUCUGUCCUUGCGCCAGAAUCACAUAGCCACUCUCUACCGGGACUCCUUCACGGCUCAGGCUCAGUUGGAGAUCAUCGAUCUGCGCUACAACAUCUUGCGCAGCAUCGACAGCCAGGCCUUCCACGGACUGCGCAAGGUCAGGGAAAUCAAGCUGGCUGGCAAUCGCCUCAGCCAUCUGAACAGCGACGUCUUCGAGCAGCUGCACACACUGCAGAAACUCGAUCUGUCGGAGAACUUCUUUGCUCAAUUUCCCACGGUGGCACUGGCUGCCAUCCAGAGGCUCAAGGCCUUGAAUCUAUCCUCCAACAUGCUGCAGCAACUGGAUUACACCCACAUGCAAGUAGUCAAGUCUCUGGAGAGCCUAGACCUGAGUCGCAAUAGCAUAACGAGCAUUCCGCCUGGCACAUUCCGGGAUCAGACCUCACUCAAGUAUCUGGAUCUCAGUCUCAAUUCGCUGCGUACGAUUGAAGACGACGCCUUGGAGGGUCUGGAGAGUCUGCAAACGUUGAUCAUCCGGGACAAUAAUAUUCUGUUGGUGCCAGGCAGCGCUUUGGGUCGUCUGCCCCAGCUGACCUCACUGCAAAUGGACUUCAAUCGCGUGGCAGCGCUGUCGUCGGAGAUUCUCGGCUCUGUCCAGGCGAGCGACAUUACCACCUUGUCGCUAUCUCGGAACGUUAUCCGAGAGCUGCCGCCUGGCAGCUUCCAAAUGUUCAGCAGUCUGCACACACUGGAUCUGUCGGGCAAUUCGCUGGUCAUGAUCAAUGCGGAUACCUUUGCGGGCCUGGAGGGCACCCUGAUGCAGCUGAAGCUGGGCCAGAAUAAGCUCAGUGGCCUGGGCAACAAUCCGCUGACGCUGCCCGAGCUGCGCAGCCUGGACCUGAGCAGCAAUAGCCUAACGGAGCUGAGUCUGAACAUCUUUGAGGACUUGGAGAACUUGCAAUCGUUGAACUUGAGUGGAAAUCAUUUGAUGCCGUUGAUGCCGGCGCUCUUCCGGCCUCUGGCCCGACUGCAGAUCAUCGAUCUUAGCCGGUGCAGCAUUCGACAGUUCAGCGGAGAUCUGCUGGGUGGGCUGCAGGAUCUGAAGCACAUUCACUUGGCUGGCAACCAGCUGCAGGAGCUGCAGGACGGCAGCUUUGUGAACCUAUGGAACAUCAGCUCGAUUGACUUGUCCGAAAACCAGAUCAACUCGAUCCGCGCUGGCGCCUUUGUCAAUGUGAUGCAGCUGAAGCGCUUGGACUUGCACGGGAAUCAAUUGUCGGCAUUCAAGGGCGAGUUCUUCAACACGGGCACAGGCAUCGAGGAGUUGGACAUCUCGCAUAAUCAGCUCAGCUAUCUGUUCCCCUCCUCGUUCCGCAUACACCCUCGCCUGCGCGAGAUCAAGGCGGCCCACAACAAGUUCUCCUUCUUCCCGGCCGAGCUGAUUGGCUCGCUGCAGUACUUGGAGUACAUUGAUCUGUCGCACAAUCAAUUGAAGACGGUCGAGGAGCUGGACUUUGCGCGCUUGCCACGUCUGCGCGUGCUGCUCCUGGCGCACAACCAACUGGACAUGGUCAGCGAGAUGGCCUUCCACAACUCCACCCAGCUGCAGAUCCUCGAUCUGUCGCACAACAGCCUCGAUCGCAUUGGGGAGCGCACCUUUGAGGGUCUGGUGCGGCUGGAGCAGCUGAAUCUGGAGCAGAACCUGCUGGCCGAGCUGUCGGACAAUGUCUUUGAGCACACCAAGCUGCACAUGCUGGAGAACAUAAAUCUGGCCAGGAAUCGGUUUGAGUACGCUCCACUCAAGGCCUUGCAGCUGCGCCACUUCUUCGUCUCCUCGGUGGAUCUGAGCCACAACCGCAUAAGGGAGCUGCCCAGGGACGACAGCAUCAUGGUGAACAUCAAGCGCAUCGAUCUCUCCUACAAUCCGCUCACCAUGCAGGCGGUGCACAAUGUGCUCCACGAACCGAAAACCGUUAGGGAGCUCAACCUGGCCGGCACAGGCAUUGAGGAACUGCAGCUGCUGGAGACGCCCUUCCUGCAGUAUCUGAAUCUCUCGAACAACAAGUUGCGCAACAUCAAGGCGGAGGUGUUCCAGAGGGUCACUCUGCUGGAGACUCUGGAUCUGUCCAGCAAUAGGCUCGAGUCCCUCAACGACAUAUCGCUGGCCUGGCCACAGCUGCAGGUGCUGCAGGAGCUAGACGUGUCCAACAACAGCUUCGACCUCAUCUCCCAGUCCAACUUUGCCCACCUGGAGAUGCUGCGCACCCUGAAGCUCAACCACCUGCCGCUCUGCACUCGCAUCGAGAAGAACGCCUUCAAGCCUUUGGGCAACUUGGCCAACUUGGAGGCUUACGAGCUGCCCCUGCUGGGCUACCUGGAUGUGCAGGGCAUCAUGGAGCUGUUGCCUGGCCUGGAGAUGCUCGACAUCGAGGUCAAGGAUGCGACCAUAGGCAGCGAGCAGAUACAGCCACUGAAGCACCCGAGACUCAGCUCCAUUGGCAUCCGAGGCGAGCGACUGAAGUCCAUCUCUUCUGGCACUCUGGCCGGGCUGAAGAGCAGCGACUUGACCAUCAAGCUGCAGAACACCUCGCUGACUGCCCUGCCUCCAGCUCUGCUGUUCCCAGUGCCGCGCUCCUCGCACUUGACCCUCAACGUGGAGGGCUCGAAGAUAGCCUCACUGGUGCCGCAGUUCCUGAAUGCCCUGGACGACCGUCGGGCCAGCCUGCAGCUGCAGGGUCUGGACAGCAAUCCCAUCAACUGCAACUGCGACGCACGUGCUCUGCGCCGCUGGCUGCCCAGCUCGAGCAUGUCGGAGCUGCUGUGCCGCCAGCCGAGCUACCUUGCCGGCCGCAAGCUCACCGAGGUGGGCGACGACGAGCUCACCUGCGAUCCGCGGCGCAUGACUUCCACGUCGGCGCGCCCCUCGAUGCCGCAGCUGCACAAGAGCUCCGCCUCCAGCCAGCUGGUGACGCGCACCAGCAGCAGCGCCCACACGGAGGAGCCGCUCAUCAUCUGGAGCAUGGAGCCCACGCAGCCCACCAUCAUGAAGAUCAAGACCAAGGCGCCGCUGAUGAAGGCCCAAGCGCCGAUCAUCAGCAACGAUGACACACUGAUCAUUGGCAUUGUCGGCGGCGUCGUCGCCUUCAUUGCCAUCCUCAUCAUCAUCAUCUGCAUCAUCAGGCUGCGCAUGAGCAACGCCGAGUACCAGCAGAGCGCCGCCAUGAUGGGCUUGCCGGCCAUGCAGCAGCAGCAGCUGGGCGCCCACAAUGCCGCCUACAGCUACAAGAACGGAGCGGGUGCAGCGCUCUAUGCCGUGCCCCCUUACCAGGCCAACUAUGCCACGCUGCCCCACAAGGCGGCCUCCAUCCAUCAGUCGACGCAGAAUCUCAGCCAGCGCCAGCAGCAGCAGCAGGCGCAGCAGCAGCUGGCAGUGCAGCAGGCAGCAGCUGCGGCCGCCUACUCCACCAUGUCGCGCAUGUCGUACUUCAGCGGUGCGGGCGCUGGCGGCGGUGCUGCCAGCGCCGACGGGGCCGAGAGCUUGACGCAUCAUCAGCAUCAGCAUCAGCCCUACAUAAUCUACUCGGACGACAAGGCCUACAGAUAGACGUGGCCAGGUACAUUCCAAGCCAGGCUCCCAGUCAGCUGCAGGUCGUGGCCAACACAGGUUCUACACAAUCGUCUAUUCUAUUCGUCGUCAGCUUAUGUAUCUUGUAUAUAGACUAUAGUUCAUUCUCUAAACAUAUCCGUAUCUUUACGUUAAUUAAGUCCAAAAAAUCGUUGCAUAAGCGAAAUAAACAAAUUAUAGCUAAUAAAUAACUGAGUGUGCUCACUAUAGUUAUCUAUAAAGUUACAAAUAUAA